AUGUGGACAAUAGCUUGGGAUUCUUUGCCUUUGCUCUUCUGGUUCCGUUUUGUUCUUUGUCAACAUGAAAGUGUCCAUGUGCAUUCAAAUGCAGGAAAUAUAGUUGGAUUCGCAAACACCACAUCAUUUGAAUCUGUGAGGUAUAAUGUUAAUACUUUUCUCGGAAUUCCAUUUGCUGAGCCACCAUUAGGAGUCCUUCGAUUUGCAAAACCUAUCAAAAAAGCACGUUUUACACAUGCAUUCUCUGCAACAAAGUAUGGUCCAGCUUGUCCACAAAAGGCUGAAUUCUCCCAGCAAUGGAUUCCAGGCAAGCCCAUGAUAUCAGAGGACUGCUUAACAUUAAACGUUUUUGCUCCAGCCCAUGCGCAUAAUUUAGCUGUUAUGGUUUGGUUCCAUGGAGGGGCAUUUGUAAUUGGACAAUCUAGUAUAUACGAUGCAAGUACUCUUUCCGGAUUUGGGAACGUUGUGGUUGUUACAGCUAACUACAGACUUGGUCCAAUAGGGUUUUUAGCCACCGAUGAUGACACGGCUAAGGGUAAUUACGGACUAUGGGAUCAGCACAUGGCUCUCCAGUGGGUCCAUGAUAAUAUUGCAUCUUUUGGGGGUGAUCCUAACCUUGUCACAGUAUUUGGAGAAUCUGCAGGUGGUGCCAGCUCUUUCUUCCAGGCCAUUUAUCCAUCUAAUAAAGGACUUAUGAAAAGAAUAAUCUCUGAAAGUGGAACUGCAAUUUGUCCUUGGGCUUAUAGUGAAAGAGCAACGGUUGGCAGAUAUUCUAAAUUACUAGGAAUGAAAUUAAACUGCUCAGUGGCUACAAACGUUAAGCUUGUGAACUGCCUAAGAACAAAACCGUUUGAAGACUUGAUCGCAAAUGCACAAGUUGGAACUAAAGAAGACGAAAUAUACCGUCCUGAGUGGACCCCUGUUGUAGAUGGAGAAUUCGUCAAACAACUUCCGCCAGAUGCUUUUCUUUAUCCAGAAACUAUGUUCUCUGAGGGAAGAGAUACUCUCGCUGAUCUAGACCUUUUGAUAGGAAUAAAUGAUGGAGAUGGUGGAUUUAUAACCAUGGUCUCACUUCUUCCAUUCGUACAAAGUAAAAUUACUCCAAAAAGCCCCGGACUUGACAUUGUUAACAACUAUGUUACAAAUUCUAUUCUAACAGAUCGUUUUGGUGCGACAGUUGCUUUGCUUGCAGACACAAUGUCAUUUGUAUACACUAAAUGGUCAAAGACCACUACAAACAAUACCUACUUACAAAAGAUGCUUGAUAUGUCAUCCGAUUAUCAAUUUUUCAUGCCCGCCAAAAUUUCUGCCCGUGCGCAUACAAAAGUACAGACAUCAGGACGGCAUACAUACAUGUACCUUUUUACACAUCGCUCUUCCUACGCACACACUAUUCCGUGGGCACCUGGAGCAGGUCACGGAGAUGAGCUACCUUACGUUUUUGGUUUUCCAACUAGUAUGCAAAAGGGACUUAAUUUUAAAGACACUCUUCAAUCAGCUGAAGUUUUACUUUCUGAGAAAAUCAUGACUUACUGGACUAAUUUUGCCAAAACAGGGGAUCCUAACAAACCUGUUGCUGUUCCAUUGAUAUGGCCAGAAUUCGAUUUAAAUUCAGAAUUCUACAUGGAUCUUAAUACCACACUAUCAAUAAAAUCUAAAAUGGAUGCAACUCGCACAGCAUUUUGGACACAGUUUGCACCAAAGGCUCUCAAAGGCAUUCAUAAUUUUUAUAGACCAGUCUCUAACUCUCAACAAAGUACAAAUACGUUUGAUCUCAGCUCUGUAAUUGGUUAA